AUCAAAGCCACGAUGCAGCUGGCGCUGGGACAACUAUUGGGGUAUAUCUGAAAGCGGUACCACCUUAUUUGCUUUAUUUUGUGCAUCUACCUCCGUUCAUGCAUCUCACUCUCUUGAACUUGACUGAUGAUCCUAUAAUUUGUUCUUGGGAUCCCAACCGCAAGGAUUAUGAUAAACAUCUGGUUCUGGCUUCCCGGAUCCCAUUGGAAGCAAAGGUACCCAAACGUUGCAGGAAACUGGCACUCUUUAGUCAGGCAGCUAUCAAGGAGACAGAGGGAUGGUGCCCAGCUAUGGUUCAGUUCUCUAUGAGAGCUGGAAUUACUUGGCAACGUUUAUCCGUUGAGGACGGUCAUCCUUGGUCUGUUUACGCGGUUAAGAUGGCCAUGAAUCAUCGCAAGCUGAUAAUCCUACCCAAGAGAAACGUAUCUGCAUUUCUCUCUGAUAUGCCUGACAUGUCUCCAUUAUAUUCCCUGCUACUACCUGGCACACAUGAUACUAUGGCAUUCUAUGGAUGGCCUAUAUCUCAAUGCCAAUCUCCUUCCACGCCUCUCGCUGUCCAGCUCCAGUCGGGUAUUAGGGUCGUAGACAUACGUCUCGCAGUCAUUAGCUCUCGUCUCAUAGCUUACCACGGCAUCUACCCCGAAAGGACGCCGUUCGAAGAUAUGCAGCGUACUAUCUACACUUUUCUGAUCGCGCCGGAGACCUGCCGAGAAACCAUUGUCAUGUUCAUGAAGCAGGAGGACUUUGCCACCACGGAGCCGAGCACCUUUUCGCGAACUGUGCAUGAGGAAAUGUCAAAUGGUCCAGGCGGAAGAGACAUGUGGUUUUUGGAGAAUCGAGUGCCGACCCUUGGCGAAGUAAGGGGGAAGGUGGUCCUUAUCAGUCGCUUUGGUGGCAAUGGCGAUGGGUGGGAAGGUGGCCUUGAAGGUUUGGGAAUUCACCCUACUACCUGGCCGGAUAGCGCGAAGGAUGGCUUUACUUGGGAAUGUAAGGAUACCCACGUUCGUACACAUGAUUGGUAUGCUAUACCCUCCUUUUUGUCAAUACCAGAGAAGUUUGCGUUAUCGACAGAGAUUUUAAUGCAUCCCCUCGAUGACCAGCCUCAGAAGACGCUAUCCAUCACCUUCUUUUCUGCUGCAUCAUUCCCUCUUGCGACUCCGCCUACCGUAGCACGAGGUUUUGGUUGGCCGAGAUGGGGACUUGGUGUGGAGGGAGUCAAUAGCAGAGUUGGCAGAUGGCUUUUGGACUUAUUGAGCAGCAGCGGUGACGUGUCUGGUCAUGACCUUCAGAACGACCUGAUAAAGCCUAUACUUGGUGUCGAAACAAGGCUCCGUGGCUGGGCCUUGAUGGAUUUCUAUUCUGAUCCUGGGCACGCGUUGGCUGGCUUGUUGGUGGAAUGUAAUUACCGAGGACGUCGAGCUGGUGAAGAAGGAUGGUAGCAUGCCGAGACUCGUAUACGUAGGUGUACAGAUAAACUAUCUACUCAUCAGGUUUGACUCCAAAGGAUUACUGAGGCCGGCUUUCAACUAAUGGCUACUACUGUGCUCAUGCGUUCAUAGGCCCGGAGCGCGCGGAGAUAAAUAGGCUCGGGUCUUACAGCUUACAGCGCCAAAGACUUGAAAGCAUUUUCUUCGAAUUAAUAACCUCAGACAAGUGGGCCAACAUAAGCAGCUCGAAAAAUAUCGGAAUCCGACAUCGACGAGCAUUGGAUAGACUGAGGUUCUUAAGAUAUUCUACACAAGUCGUUGCAAAGUACAU